ACCCUUCUUCCUCAUAACCCUAGACAGAGAGAGACAGAGAGAGACAGUGAGACGCCACACUCUCUCUCUCUCUGUGUAUAUAUAAGAAUUGUAUGAUUAUAUAAAAGCCUACACACAACAAGCUAAUCUUUGAUUUUCUUGUUUUUUUCCCUCCCAUCCCUUUAGCCACCCAAGAAUCUCUCUUUCUUUCUGGAAUUUCUCCUUUUUUUUAGUGUUUCCUAUGGCUUCUCCAUCUCAAGCAAUCCUCCUCCUCCAAAAACAGCUCAAAGAUCUCUGUAAAAAUCCAGUUGAUGGAUUCUCGGCCGGUUUGGUUGAUGAAAACAAUUUAUUCGAAUGGAGUGUUACCAUUAUCGGACCUCCGGAUACUUUAUAUGAAGGAGGAUUCUUUAAUGCAAUCAUGACCUUCCCAUUGAAUUAUCCAAAUAGCCCUCCAACAGUGAGGUUUACUUCAGAUGUAUGGCAUCCAAAUGUUUAUACCGAUGGAAAAGUAUGCAUUUCAAUUCUUCAUCCACCUGGUGAGGACCCAAAUGGCUAUGAACUUGCGAGUGAGCGAUGGACGCCAGUUCAUACGGUUGAGAGCAUAGUUUUGAGCAUCAUAUCAAUGCUUUCAAGUCCUAAUGACGAGUCUCCAGCAAACGUGGAAGCUGCAAAAGAAUGGAGAGAGAGAAGGGAUGAUUUUAAGAAGAAAGUCAGUCGCUGUGUGAGAAAGUCACAAGAGAUGCUGUAAACUGGUACCCUCACACCGCUUUCUCCUACUUGUACGCCAAAGAGAUUGGCAUCAUGUUUCAAUCUUGUGCAAGGAACUGGCUAUCAAUCGGAUCAUUUAUUGCUCCAUGUAGAAUCCCAUAAAAUUGUCACUCUCAAUCCAUUAUCUAUGCUCUUUUUGGACUUACAAAAUUUAAGAUAUUUAUGUGGAAAUGCAAUUUACUCAAAGACUCUUCUUACUUGCACUAUGCUAGUUUGUAUGAAACUUUUGUGUACUCCUAUCAAUCUUUUUCUCACUUCAAACCUAGUACUCGGUGUCAAGCUCUCCUCAAGCACUCCA